AUUACUUCAUCCGCAGUUUAUUUUUGCUGAGACCAGUCGAGCCGUCUGCUCUGAGGCGAUCCAGUCCCUGUUGUGAAUGAAGACAAAAUGCAUGUUUUAAACCAGUGCCUGGGCCUCCUGUUAUGGAUGUGCUUACUGACCACUGUGUGUGCUCAAGGUUGCACACUGACGAGUUUUAAAGACUCUGGGCAUUUCGAUGAAAACUUUGAGACAAGUAAUUUGAGGGAGAACUAUGCCAGUGGGGACAGUGUGAGAGUGCCCUGCAAAGUCGGCUACAGAGGCUUCUUCAAACUCACCUGCAACAAUGGAAAAUGGAGUCCGCAAGGAAACCUCUGUUCAGCGAUUUCCUGUGGCCACCCUGGUGAUGUCCAGUUUGCCGAUUUCGCAUUGUCCUCUGGAGAUGACUACGUCUUUGGAUCCCAAGUUCGUUACACCUGCCACAAAGGUUAUCAAAUGACCAGUUAUACAAGCACUCGUAACUGUCUUCAAACAGGCUGGGAUGGGCAUCUACCCGUGUGUGAACCGAUUUCGUGCGAGCCGUUGACAGUGGAUGAUAACAUCAUGAUACAUGGGUUCAUAGAGCAACCCACCGCUGGCAGCGUGAUUCAGUUCAGCUGCAGAGAACGAGGGGACGAACUGAUUGGUCCAAGUCAGAUUAUCUGUAACGAUAAUGGACAAUGGAAUAAUAAACCGCCCAAAUGUAAAGAAAUAUCUUGUCGAAAGCCGGAGUUGAACCAUUUCCAAGUGGAAGGUGAGAAAGAGGUGUACAAGGAGAGAGAGGUCUUGAGAUACACCUGUGUUAGCGGCUAUAAACAGGUGGAUGAGAGACCUUCACUGUGUCUUAAACAGGGCCAGUCAGCUCAGUGGACCCCCACGCCUCAGUGUGAACCUGUAACAUGUAAAGUGGACACUUACCCACCGGUGGGCACUACUUACCGUCCUCAGGGACAAAAUAUUUUUACCCCUGGACAAACAUUGAGCGUCUCGUGUGGAGAUAAGAAGUGGGUGAAGAGGCCUGAGCUUCAGUCAGCUCAACUCAUGUGUCAAUCCACAGGGAACUGGGACUUUCACCCUGUGUGCAAACCGGUCAAAUGUCAGAAAUCUGCUCCACAUGUUUACCGGUGGGAGAACCGCUGGACAACCUCAGCCGACCUUGAUCAAACAUUAUGGUAUGAGUGUAGAUCAAAUUAUGAGGCGACCAGCAGCAGAGCCACCUGCACCAGACAAGGCUGGGAGCCAAAUCCUCUUUGUAAAGAAAGACGCUGCACAACACCUACUUAUGAAAAUGCUGAGAGUACUUAUCCACUAAAAGAAAAAUAUGACAACUAUGAGAGCGUUAAUUUUCAAUGCACCUAUGAACCUAGAACAAACUUUUACAUUCAGUGUUACAAUGGAAGAUGGCUCGGCUCAGCUGGACAGUGUAAAGGGCCUCCAUGUACAACACACCCCAGCCUUACAAAUGGAGAGAUGCGUGAGCCCCAGAGGGACGUAUAUGAGGACGGUGACACUGUACUGUUCAGAUGCACUGGUGAAACUGAAACCUUUAGAAUCAAGUGUGACUCUGGAGUGUGGAAGAACAAAAAAUCAUGUGAAAAUAUUGAAUGUACAACACCAGAGAUUGAAAAUGCAGAGAUGGUGACUCGCCCAAGACCCCCAUAUCCACAUGGCCAAAAUCUGAUGCUCACCUGCACCACUGGUACAAAGGAAAGAUUCUCAGUGAUCUGUGAGUCUGGAAAGUGGACCACCGAGCACCAGUGUAAAGGGCAGCCAUGUACAACACAGCCCAGCCUUAAAAAUGGAGAGAUGCUUGAUCCCCCAAGCGACGUAUAUGAGGAUGGUGACACUGUACCGUUCAGAUGCAUUGGUGAAACUGACACCUUUACAAUGACCUGUAACUCUGGAGUGUGGAAGCACGAAAAAACAUGUAAAGAACCAACUGCAUGUCCUAGAGCUGAGAUCCUCCAUGGAUUUUCACAUGAAUACCAAAACAAGCUGUACUACACCUGUUUGCCUAAAUUUAAACUGCUCGGUAAAGGAUGGUGGGACGUAGCCUCGUGUGAGAGGGGCAGAUGGAACACCCAAGAAUGUAUUGAUAACACGGAUUGUGGGCCAGUUCCUCAUAUCCCAAAUCUGAAUGUGACGGACGAAGUUCAGAGAUUCCAGGAUGGAGAUACGUUCCCGAUUCAUUGUGAGGCUGGAUACCAGAACCUCCACAAAAACCUAAAAGAGCUGACCUGCACAGAAGGGGAAUGGAGCUACAAUAUGGUGGAUCUGAACAGCAUUUGCACACCUCUUGCAGAGCCAUGCGGCCCACCUGAUCAAGUGAACGAUGCUUUGAUUUUGGCUCCGUCUAUGGAUGAGUACCCAUCGGGUACUGUACUUAAUUACACGUGUCGGCAUAAUUACAUUAUGAAAGGAAAUCGCACUACUGAAUGCAAAAAUGGGAAGUGGCUCCAGGAGAGCAUCAGUUGUAAUGAAUCUGCAGGGAGAAGGUCGUUCAACAUGGACCUCUCUGCAUCUGCUCUGCUGCUGCUGAUCGGGAGCACUGUGGUUUCAGCACAAGAGUGCACGCAGCUCCCCAAUGUUCCAAACGCCAAAGUGGUGGACCGUAAGACCUCGUACCAGAAGGGAGACUCUGUAAGUUUCAACUGCGACACAGGCUUCAUUUCUGGACGUCAGAUCAGAUUCUUGUGCUCUGACAGCGGCUGGACACCUGCACCCGGGGGAGUCUGCAGACUAAAACCGUGCCCACUUCCAGAAGACAUUCCCAAUGGAUACUAUCUGAUGAGCAUUGGGGAUGAAUUUGCUUUUGGGACGACUAUUAAGUAUAUUUGUAAUGAAGGGUAUCAAAUGGGCAGCAAAGAAGACACUCGGACCUGUUUACUCGAUGGUUGGUCAAACCAUGUACCUGUAUGUGAACCAUUGAGUUGUGACGUCCCACCUCAAACACCAGGGGUCACUGUAAAGGGUUUGCCCAGCGAAGGGGAGUACAUUCUGCCCGACCGCUUCCUCAGCUUUAGCUGUGACUCUCCGGACUCCACUCUGAACGGCUCUGCUACUCUGAUCUGCGGCAAAAACGGACAAUGGGACCACCCUUUCCCCAACUGUCUAGAUCUGUGUACCCUUCCUUCCUCUAACCCUAACAUGAAGGUUACGGUGCCUGCUGGACACUCGGUCACAGUGGAGUGUGUGAGGGACGGCAGCUCCACACAGCUGCAGUGUCUCCGGUCUGGACAGUGGAGCUCCACCUUCCCCACCUGCACCAACACUAAGAAUUGUGGACCUCCACCUCCUUUGGAAAAUGGAGACUUCCUUGCUUCUGGUCAAACGUUUAGGCAGAAUUCACGGGUUAGAUACCAAUGUCAAGCCGUAUACGUAAUGGAAGGAGAGCCGUACAAAACCUGCCUCAACGGAGAAUGGACCGGGGAAAUCAAAUGUCUCAAACCCUGCACAGUGAAUCCAGACCUAAUGGGACCAAAUAAUCUUCGAUUCAAACAUGGAUCAAAACAAAAGCUGUACGCCCCCCAUAACGAUCACAUCACAUUUACCUGCAUAGAUGGAACUUACCCUGUCGGCAGUGAGGGAAUGCGACGAAUCUGUGAAGACGGAGUGAUGCGCCUUCCAACAUGUGCUUAUUUAGAGUCCAAAGCAGCGAUGAAGCCGACUGUGAUUUUGAUGCUGUUUCUAUGGAGCUUUGUGGAGUUCACUUCAACACUAAAAGAGUGUUCAAAGUUGCCUUCUGUUCAACAUGCAUUUGUAUUGGACGAAUACAAAAAGGCAGAAUACCAAGAGGGAGAUGUGAUUUACUUCUGCUGUGAUCCUGGGUUCACGACUGGCCUGAACACCACCUACAUCUGCACAGAGCACGGCUGGAGAGCUGCCACCAUCGGCCAGUGCAUCGAGGACUCUUUUCCUGUGCUUCUGGGCUGCACUCCCCCUCCACCUGUCACCAACGGAUAUGUGCUGCAAAAUACAACUUUAAUGUACGGAAAUGGACAGAUUGCCACAUACCAGUGUAAUAGUCGCUACAAGCCGAGUGGAGGAUCCUUUAAAAUCUGCAACAAUGGACAAUGGACAGGUGACGUCCAGUGCAUUGACAGUCAGAGUUGUGGACCUCCACCUUUUUUGGAAAAUGGAGACUUCAUAGUUUAUAGCCACAAUUCACAGAUUAAAUACCAAUGUCAUUCCAUGUACACAAUGGAAGGAGAGCCGUACAAAACCUGCCUCAACGGAGAAUGGACCGGGGAAAUCAAAUGUCUCAAACCCUGCACAGUGAAUCCAGACCUGAUGGGACUACAUAAUAUUCGAUUCAAAUUUGCAUCAGUACAAAAGCUGUACUCCCUCCAUAACGAUCACAUCACAUUUACCUGCGUGGAUGGAACUUACCCUGUCGGCAGUGAGGGAAUGCGUCGAAUCUGUAAAGACGGAGUGAUGCGCCUUCCAUCAUGUGCUUAA